UGCUGGGAGCGGGCGCGGGAACCGGCGGGGGGGGCGGAGCCGUAGUCCCGGCGGCGGAAGGAGGAGAGGAAGAAAGGGGCGAGACCCGGUGCCCAGCGGAGGCGCGAGGCUCUCGCUCAGCGCGCGGGCGUCUCUGGCCAGGCGCGCGGCUUUCGGGCGGUCGGCGUCGGCGUCGAGCCCUCUUUGGGGCCGCCGCCGCCGCCGCUGCUGCUGCUGCUGCUGCCGCCGCCGCCGCCGCCGCUGCCGUGGGGCUCGGGCGGCGACGGAGCGGGGCCGGCCGUGGGGCGGGCGGGGAGGGAGGAGGCGGUGAAGGCGGCGGGCCGGGGGGGAAGAUGCCGCUGGCGCAGCUGGCGGACCCGUGGCAGAAGAUGGCUGUGGAGAGCCCGUCCGACAGCGCUGAGAAUGGACAGCAAAUUAUGGAUGAACCUAUGGGAGAGGAGGAGAUUAACCCACAAACUGAAGAAGUCAGUAUCAAAGAAAUUGCAAUCACACAUCAUGUAAAGGAAGGACAUGAAAAGGCAGAUCCUUCCCAGUUUGAACUUUUAAAAGUAUUAGGGCAGGGAUCAUUUGGAAAGGUUUUCUUAGUUAAAAAAAUCUCAGGCUCUGAUGCUAGGCAGCUUUAUGCCAUGAAGGUAUUGAAGAAGGCCACACUGAAAGUUCGAGACCGAGUUCGGACAAAAAUGGAACGUGAUAUCUUGGUAGAGGUUAAUCAUCCUUUUAUUGUCAAGUUGCAUUAUGCUUUUCAAACUGAAGGGAAGUUGUAUCUUAUUUUGGAUUUUCUCAGGGGAGGAGAUUUGUUUACACGUUUAUCCAAAGAGGUGAUGUUCACAGAAGAAGAUGUCAAAUUCUACUUGGCUGAACUUGCACUUGCUUUAGACCAUCUACAUAGCCUGGGAAUAAUUUAUAGAGACUUAAAACCAGAAAAUAUACUUCUUGAUGAAGAAGGUCACAUCAAGUUAACAGAUUUCGGCCUAAGUAAAGAGUCUAUUGACCAUGAAAAGAAGGCAUAUUCUUUUUGUGGAACUGUGGAGUAUAUGGCUCCAGAAGUAGUUAAUCGUCGAGGUCAUACUCAGAGUGCUGACUGGUGGUCUUUUGGUGUGUUAAUGUUUGAAAUGCUUACUGGUACACUACCUUUCCAAGGAAAAGAUCGAAAAGAAACAAUGACUAUGAUUCUUAAAGCCAAACUUGGAAUGCCACAGUUUUUGAGUCCUGAAGCCCAGAGUCUUUUACGAAUGCUUUUCAAGCGAAAUCCUGCAAACAGAUUAGGUGCAGGACCAGAUGGAGUUGAAGAAAUUAAAAGACAUUCAUUUUUCUCAACGAUAGACUGGAAUAAACUGUAUAGAAGAGAAAUUCAUCCGCCAUUUAAACCUGCAACGGGCAGGCCUGAAGAUACAUUCUAUUUUGAUCCUGAGUUUACUGCAAAAACUCCCAAAGAUUCACCUGGCAUUCCACCUAGUGCUAAUGCACAUCAGCUUUUUCGGGGGUUUAGUUUUGUCGCUAUUACCUCAGAUGAUGAAAGCCAAGCUAUGCAGACAGUUGGUGUACAUUCAAUUGUUCAGCAGUUACACAGGAACAGUAUUCAGUUUACUGAUGGAUAUGAAGUAAAAGAAGAUAUUGGAGUUGGCUCCUACUCUGUUUGCAAGAGAUGUAUACAUAAAGCUACAAACAUGGAGUUUGCAGUGAAGAUUAUUGAUAAAAGCAAGAGAGACCCAACAGAAGAAAUUGAAAUUCUUCUUCGUUAUGGACAGCAUCCAAACAUCAUCACUCUAAAGGAUGUAUAUGAUGAUGGAAAAUAUGUGUAUGUAGUAACAGAACUUAUGAAAGGAGGUGAAUUGCUGGAUAAAAUUCUUAGACAAAAAUUUUUCUCUGAACGAGAGGCCAGUGCUGUCCUGUUCACUAUAACUAAAACCGUUGAAUAUCUUCACGCACAAGGGGUGGUUCAUAGAGACUUGAAACCUAGCAACAUUCUUUAUGUGGAUGAAUCUGGUAAUCCGGAAUCUAUUCGAAUUUGUGAUUUUGGCUUUGCAAAACAGCUGAGAGCGGAAAAUGGUCUUCUCAUGACUCCUUGUUACACUGCAAAUUUUGUUGCACCAGAGGUUUUAAAAAGACAAGGCUAUGAUGCUGCUUGUGAUAUAUGGAGUCUUGGUGUCCUACUCUAUACAAUGCUUACCGGUUACACUCCAUUUGCAAAUGGUCCUGAUGAUACACCAGAGGAAAUAUUGGCACGAAUAGGUAGCGGAAAAUUCUCACUCAGUGGUGGUUACUGGAAUUCUGUUUCAGACACAGCAAAGGACCUGGUGUCAAAGAUGCUUCAUGUAGACCCUCAUCAGAGACUGACUGCUGCUCUUGUGCUCAGACAUCCUUGGAUCGUCCACUGGGACCAACUGCCGCAAUACCAACUAAACAGACAGGAUGCACCACAUCUAGUAAAGGGUGCCAUGGCAGCUACAUAUUCUGCUUUGAACCGUAAUCAGUCACCAGUUUUGGAACCAGUAGGCCGCUCUACUCUUGCUCAGCGGAGAGGUAUUAAAAAAAUCACCUCAACAGCCCUGUGAAGUGACCUCAGUGAGAUAUUUGGUACCAUGGUGUAAGCUGAUAGCACAAGUUCUGGCGACAGGUAGCACGUAUCUGAGAGACACCUGCAAGCACACACUGUCCCAGCUGGUACCCAUAAUGCUGCUGUUCCUGCUGCUGCUCCUGCUUUCGUCUCUUCUCGCUUUAAAUGAUUGUUAGCAAGUUAGAUUUUCCUGGAGCUUCGGAAGAAAUGAAAAUGGAAACAUGAUGAAGAUAUAGUCACUGAAUCAAUGAGAAAAAUAAUGAACAUAUGAAUACCACCUAAAAAUACACUGAAUAAAGUACACCAUAUAGCAUUAUUUUUAUAGGAAAUAUUUCAUGUCCCUUAAAUAUUCUUUGUUAGUUAUAGGGAUGGACAGUUUAUGUUAAGCACUUAGCUUAAACAAUCCGUUUAUAUUAGCACUGUUUCCCUUGUGCCAUCCAACAUUUUGUAUGUUUUUGUAAACAGUUCAUAUACAGUACAUUUCUGUACUGCUUUCUUUAAUGUAUACAUGCCUUGUUUAACUUGGAAUCUAUUAUUAUUAAUCAAUUGACUAUUAAAUCUGGUUAAAUAGUUCACCUGGAUUAACAGUAUUGUUGGACAGCCCUAAAAAUGGCCAGAUUGUGGAACAGCUGUUGAAUGUAAUACUUCCAAAAUGUACAUAUCUUUCCCCAUGUUUGUUUCACUGGUUCGUUCAUUUGUUUGUUUCUUAAAGUCAGGUGCUCUGUCAGACUAACCUAGAGAGCUGUUAUGGUAGGGAAAGUUAUCAUAUGUGUGUGGCAUGAAAUCAAGAAUACACCUAUGAAGUUAGUCCAUAUACUUUGCAACUCCUUAGAGUACUUUUUUCCUUAAUUAAGGAAGUAGUCCUUGCACUUCUAAUCUUACAUAGCAUCCAUACUUAGAAUUUGGCAUAUCAUCUGGGAUUUUGCCAAUAUACGUCAAAGCCCUUUAAGAGUCAUGGUAAGGAGAUUGGUGAAGGAAAAUUUAGCAACAGGUAAUUGAAGUCCCAUUGGAUAUUUCAUGUUUAAAUAGAUAUUCUAUAUUAAACACUAAUUUAAAUGUAAUAAAGGCCAAAGGCCUCUGUAUGAAAUUGGA